AUGAAUUUUAAUAUCAACAUCAAAAGUCCAUUGAUUGAAGAAUUUUUUGGCACUUUAAGUAAUGCUGGAUAAAUUUAUGAUCUUGUGGAUUAUGAAUAUAUUCAAAUAUUAACAAAUGACAAAUAUUCACUCUUAGUGGUUAAAACUAAUUUUGAUGGAGCUUUAGAUUAAAGAAUCGAAAUGGCUGAAUAAUUAGUAAAACAUUAGAAGAAGAUCAAUUAAAGGUUGAGAGAUCUUGGUUUGAUGGGAAUUCUAGUCGAUAUUAUAAAAUAUGAGAUUAUUAAUAUUGAUGAUGAGGUGUUGAUAAUCUGCAAAACUAUGAGAAUGUCAAAGUAGAAAGGGUUGGUGAAUUUAGGUUUAGCAAAUUGCCUUGAAUUUUACACAGGCCUCGAUCUAAAGGGAGUUCGAUAACAGAUUGUUAUGCAUAUUGAUGAUCUGGGGAUGAAUAAAAUUAUGCCCUUUACAUAUAUGGAGGGUAUUUUGAAUGAGGAUAACUAAGAAUUAAUAGCUAACCUACCCCAAGCUGAAUAAAAUAGUAUAAUAAAUCAGAAUGGCAAUGGAGCUCAUUUCUCAAAGUAAUCUAUAAUUGUAAUAAUAUAUAAUGAUCAACUUGUUUAAUUCAAAUAAUUAAGUGAAAUGCAAGACAUACACAUUUUAAAAUACCUGGAGUUGACUUCUGGUGUAAAAAUAUGCGAUUUGAUAAAGAAAAGCAGGUCAAAUGUUAUAAAUGAUAAAAUACAUUACUUAAACUAAGAGGGGGAGACCAUAGCAAUAGGUGAUGUUGGAGAGAAGGGAAACAUUCAGUUGAAUAUUAAGAUAAAAUAAUAAUGCUAUACACUCACAGCAGAGUGGAACAAUAUGAAAGAGUUGAUUAAUUAAAGAAUAGAUGGAUAGUCAUUUGAGCAGCUUCCCAAAAAUUUGUUUACUCCCAUAGAUGACGGCAUCCUGAGUUAUUUUAACCAUUAUGAGUUUGAUCAAAGAGGUUCUUUAAUAUUUUUAAAUUGUUCUCUCAAAGGUGAUGUGAAGAACAAGGUUAUAAAAAUAAAUAAGUAAAUUAAAAGAUAAAUUUGGUUCAUUGCUUUGAAAACUAUACUUACUAUUCUAUAAGUUAACAUAUAGAAUGCAAUUUAUUAAGAUUAAAAAUUGUAUUUGAGAACAUUAUGCAAACUAAAUUAAAAGAUUCCCAUUACAUAAGUAGAAAUACAAGCAGAUCUUAAAGAGGAAGAUUUUAAUCUAAUUUUAGAUCAAUGCAAUCUGAAUCCCCAUUUAGAAUCCUUAAUACUUGAUGGCUCUUUAUUUAAGGAUGCUAUUCUCUCUGGUCUUAUACAAGGAAACAAUUUGAAAUCCAUUAAAGAAUUAAGUUUUAAGGGAUGCCCAAAUAUCACUGAUGAGGGUAUUUCUCUCUUGUAAAAUUUUGGAGUUUAAAAAUUAGAUUUAUCUCAUACUUAGAUCUAUUUAACAGUGCCUUAAAAUCUAUAAAUUUUAAAUAUUUCUUACAGCAAAUUCAAAGAAGAGACAUUGUUAUAACUAUUUAGAGAUAAAUCAUUGGUCAAUCUCAUAUCUAUUAAUAUUAGUGGAUUGGCAUCUGAUAAACUAAUAUAGGUGAUUUUUAGUUGUCAUUACAAAGAAUUAAGAUCUCUUAUUGCUAAUGAAUGUAAACUAUCCUUAUCUGUAUUUCAUCAUAUUCACGAUUCAAAACAUGUAAAAUAGUUGGAUCUAUUGAGUUUUUAAGGUUCUAUUACAGAUGUUGAGGAAAGCAUCUUUAAAAAAAACGGGUAUGCAUUGUUAGGAGCAAGCAAAACUAAAAUAAACAAGUUGGAUCUUGCUAACUGUUUGAUAAAUGACAAAUUGAUUCAUUAGAUGGUUGAAGCUGGGAAAUUACUUAAAAAUCUUAGAGCAAUUUCCCUAUCUGGAUGCAGAUAUAUAUCUGACAAAUCCAUUUAUCUAUUGUGUGAUGCCCAUUACACAUUAACUUGUCAAUUGAAAAGCUUAGACAUAUCCAAUUUACCUUAGAUAACUGAAUCCUCUUUGGAGUAUUUAACAAACAAACCGUUGAAGAAUUUAUCAGAUUUGAAUCUGGCAUAUUCUACUUAGAUUUAAGCUGAGCAUUUGAAGAAGGCCUUUGAUACAGGCAAAUUUAACCAACUAAAAUAUCUAGGAAUUAGUGGCACAAGUGAAAGUGGAGGAUAAGCGGAUAUAUUUAAAUUUAGCAUACCAGAAUUGUGCACAUAUUAUAUCAGAAAUCACUUAUCUGAAAUUUAAUUAAUAGAAAUUUAUACAUCAACAAAAAAUAUUAAAAAUAUAUCAACAGCAGUUUUAAAUUUAUUGUAAACUUAAAUUCUUACUAAAAUCGUAACUACAGAUUAAAUUAUUUUAGAACCAGAAACCUAUGAUUUAUUUAAAAGUUGUAUUGGAGGUGAACGGUUACUUUUGAAUAAUAGACCACUUUAAUUGGAUACUUAAGAUAAAUCUGAAUAGUAGAACUAACUUACUGCUAAUUAGUUUUAUGAAAGGUUACUAAAAUAGAAUCAGCAGGUAUUGAUUAAUAACUCUGAAAUAAAAUUUAUUAAAUUGAUGUUCAAUUUUUAGUCAAUUACUAAAAUAUGCUUUAAAAAAACUGAAAUUAUAGAUAAGGAUAUACUAGGCAUUUGUUAAAAUUUGAUUUUAACUGAAAUCAAUAUUAAGAAAUGUAAAAAGCUAACCUUUAAAAGUUUAAUCUACUUAUAGAAGCUUUCAGAAACUUUGAUUAAUAUAGAUUUUAGAGGAACCAUUUUUGAAAAUUUAUAUUAAACUCUAGAACACUUACAGUAUUUUCCUUAACUUCUUUACCUAAAUGGAGGAAAAUUAAAUAUUGAAAUUAUUAAUGUAACUGAAACUAAUCAUGUGAUAUAAGAAUUGCAACACUUACCAACACUUUGGAUGUAAUUGGAAUAAAUUAAGUCCUUUAAAUUAACCAUACGUGCUCAUUAUAUUUAAACAUUCAAAUUCAUCUUUAAAACUCUGUCUUUAUUACUUAAUAAAAAUUAAGACUUUAUCAAAUCAAUGUCCUUGCAACUUUAUCAAUUCAAAGUUAUUUAAGAUAAAUCACUUUAAUUGUUUCAUAAUAGUUUAUUAAACUUAUAAAGUUUGCAGCAUUUUCAUCUUGGAUUCCAAAGUAUGAAAAAUAUCUCACUUUUGACUUUAAAAAAUAUGUUUAUAAGUCUUUCUAAUUUAGACUCUCUUAAAUCACUUUCUAUCAGUUUGGAUGAUUGCGAGCUAUAAUUUGUAGACGAAGAUCUGUUUUUGGCAUCAACUGUAUUUGAAGGAAUCAAAAAUAUGAAGCUAUAGAGAUUUAGUUUUUCAUCCAACGACACAGUGACAUAUGAUCAAUCCAUAUUUUCCAGUCUAUUUAAAUAUAUGUCAGAUAUUGAAUCAUUAAAGUAGGUUAACUUAAGUUUUCAAAGACAUGCAAUAAACAGAGAGAGCUUAUCAGAAUUGUUUUAGACUUUGAAGGAAUUGAAUUUAUCAAGUUUAAGUCUGAAUUUCGAAUAAAGUGGGAUCAAAUACACAAGAUAAAUUUGGGCAGAAUUAUUAGAGGUUUUAAGAAUGAACUAUAGCUUAUUGCAUUUAGAACUCAAUUUUAAUCAUACAUUUGAAUUGACGGACAUGGAUAUUCUUAACAUUAUUGAUGAACUGUAUUGUAUGAAAUUGACAUCAACUUGUGUAUCAUUGAUAGGCUGCUAUCAUAAUGAGAAGAGUAUAAAAGAGUUUACAAACGAGGAUGUCAAGAACUAUCAAUUUUUUAUAUGA